UUAACCUUCUCUCGAUGGCCCAAUACCUUAUCCACAUGCAUCCGAUACGAAAAGGAAACCACCAUUGCUGCUCCCAGUUCCUCCUCUGGUACCUCCUGGCUCCGAUCCGGCUCAGGAAGAGGAGGAGGAGGAGGAGAAGGAGCAGGCAGCAGCAAUGGGCUGCUCCUCGUCGAAGCUGGACGAGGAGGCGGCCGUGAAGACCUGCCACGACCGGAAGAGCUUCGUGAGGAAGGCGAUCGCGCAGCGGGACCUGCUGGCCUCCUCCCACGUCGCCUACGUCCAGUCGCUCCGCCGCGUCUCGAUGGGCCUCUUCUACUACUUCGCCGAGGACGAGCACCUCCACCGGCUGCAGGAGUCCUCGUGCGUGCACCGCCCGGGAUCGCCCGACAAGGUUCUCGUCGUCGUCAACUGCCUGAGGCCGGCGGGUGCUCCGGUGCAUCCGGUGGUCGAGCAGUGGGAGCCGACUGAUGAGGCCAUUGAGGCUGCCACGAUAGACGGAUUCUUCGGGGCGGAUGGCCCGUUCCUCCGUCCUCCGUCCAUUGAUCCGAUGUUUGGCCCAUCGGUGUCGCCGCAGCCGCGGAGAUGGGACCUCUUCUGGGACCCUUUCUCUUCGCUGACCGAUCAUCCGAGUUACAGCGUCGAGGAGGUGAGAGAUGAUCAAGAAGACGAACAGAUACCAGAGCUGGAGGAAGAGAGUGACGGCGGCGGCGGCGACUGUCACCGAGAAGGUGAAGGCGGAGCAGAGGAGGAGGAGGGUGAACAGGCAGCAGUAGCAGCACAGGUGGCGGCGCCGUCGAGGGAGCAGGUGGGGAGAAAGGUGGACCAUGUGAGCAACGAGCUGAGGGUGCUGGCAAGCGCAGAAAUCGAGCAGCAUGGCGCGCCUGGCUUCACCGUGUACGUCGACCGGCCCCCGGCGAGCAUGGCGGAGGCCGUGAGGGACAUCCAGGGGCAUCUCAUGAAGAUCCUUGACACUGCCAAAGAGGCCUCCGUGCUGCUGGAGGUUGUCCCCUACCAGAGGAGAGUUCAACCACCUGUCCCGAGGGACGACGGCGAGGAGCAGGGCGCCCCCGAGGUCCCGCCGGAGCCGUUCGAGCUGUUCCAGAGCCACAAGGAGAGCCUUGACAGGCUCUACGAGUGGGAAAAGAGGCUGUACGAGGAGGUCAGGGCAGGGGAGCGAGUCCGGCUGGCCUACGAGAAGAAGUGCGCGCUGCUGAGGAGCCAGGACGCCAGUGGCGCCGAGCCGUUCGCCAUCGACAAGACGAGGGCCGCCGUCAGGGACCUCCGCACCAAGCUGGACAUCUCCCUCACAUCCGUCGACGCCGUGUCCAGGAGGAUCGCCGCGGUGCGCGACGACGAGCUCCUGCCGCAGCUCCUGCAGCUCGUGCGAGGGUUGGCGAGGAUGUGGAGAGUGAUCGCCGACGCGCACCGGGUGAUGAAGCGCACCGCCGACGACUCGAUCGCGCUGCUCACGGCCUCGGCCGCCGCGGCCGCAGCCGCCCGGCCCGACCCGGUACGCGAAGGAGGUGGUACCAGGGGGCCGCCGCCGCCCCCGGGCGUGGCGCGCGCGGCCGCGGCCGCGGGCGCGCUCGGCGCGGAGCUCCGCGGCUGGCGCGCGGCGCUGGAGGCCUGGGCCGAGUCGCAGCGCGCGUACGCGGCCGCGCUCUGGGGCUGGGCGCGGAGCUGCGUCAAGGACGGCGAGAACAUGCCGCGCCUGAUCGUGAGCUGGGCGCGCGCGGUGGAGGCCGUGGACGUGGAGCCGGCGGCCAGGGCCGUGGACGCGGCCGCUGAGGCGGCCGCCGCCGUCGCGUCGGCCGCGAAGCGGCAGCGCAGCGGCGGGGGCGAGGAGUGGUUCAACGAGGACGAGGGGAAGAAGAAGGUCUGCGUGGGGCUCGCCGCGGCGCUGGGUGCCAUCGCUGAGGCCGGCGCCUUGGCCGUCUUCGGGUACGACGAGCUGCUGCUCGAGAUGGAGAUGGGUGCGAGGGAACGAGAGCGCGAGAUCUCCGGCAGGGACGACGAAUGCUUCAAUCCGUAACUGAAGCCUGCAGCUGUAACUCGCAAGACAUGCAAAUGAUCCAUAUAUCUGCUGUAAAAAGAAAAAUGUUGACAGACACGUGUCCCCGUCUCCAACAGCGUUUGUGAGUUGUGAUUGUCAUGAUCCGCUUUAGGGUGCGUUCGUUUAUGCCGGAUUUGACAAGAA